CUUGCUGUAGUGGAACCGAAGUUAAGGGAGACCGGGGCGGCGCUUGGCGAGCACGGAAGAAAUAAACCGUGGCACCAGCUCAACGUCCGCUAGGUGGCUACUCGCUGACCCCGGGGCUAAAAAGCAGUGUCCGGAGAAUGAGGCUUUUAUCCCGAAACAGAGGUGACUACAGUGCCUGCGGUUGAUAUCGCAGGGCGCUCUCUCAGCAGUCGGCGUAGGAAACCGAACGGGAGCACGGGAACCUAAUGCUCGCUGUCAUAUUUAGAAGAAGCACCUUUGCAGGCCAGAGGGUAUUGUGCUGGGCAGGUCCUCCACAAAGAUGCUGGACAUCAGCCCAGACUGCAGCUUCUGGUGGCGGAUCCGGCUUCCCGCCGACCUGCCGGGCUUCAUCAGCAAGGCUGCCAUCCACAGAAAGGGACACUGGACUUAUAAAACCUCCUGCUGACCUUGGUUUCAUGACGACUGAGCCCUUCCUGAGGACUCAAAUGCACGUUGCUCCGUUUCUAGUGAGGAACCAACAUUUCCACUCCUCUGCUGUGAGGUUGAAGAAGCGACUGCCGCCUGAACCUCCACCCAAAGAGCUGGAUCUGCUGCGCUACGACAUGAAGGACUUGUGGAAGAGUCCCAGACCUGCCUUGUACCUGGGGUUUGCGGGGCUGAUCCCCUUUGUGUCCCCUACUCUGCUCAUGGCUGUGACUGAGAGCUACUACGCAGAAUUGGCCUAUGCGCAGUUAGCCUACGGCGCCUCCAUCGUUUCCUUCCUGGGUGGAGCACGCUGGGGAUUCGCUCUCCCUGAGAGCAGCCCAGCCAAACCGGACUGGAUAAACCUGGCCAACAGCGUGGUUCCCUCCCUGUUAGCCUGGGUGGCCAUGCUGAUGAGCGAAAGCGUCGUUCCUGCUGCCACCAUGGUUAUCAUGGGACUUGGAAUCUCGCUGCAUUAUGAUCUCUCUCUGCUGCCCACGUACCCCAGCUGGUUCAAAGCCCUGCGCUCCGUCCUCACCACUGUGGCAUUUUUUUCUCUAGUUGGUACCCUCAUAAUUAAUGGAAUAUACCCAGAAAAGAAAAUUUUCUCGGAUGAAAUAGAAUAAAAAUAUUUAAAAUUGUAAAGCUGGCCAAGAGAUUCCUGGGUUACAACACGUUUUUAUUUUGGUGAUCCAAGUUUGAGGUUUGUCUUGAUAAUCGAGUUUUCCGCCCCCGUCAACCAAAGUCCCGUCAGCUUGAAUGCUUUAGUUAGGAGUUGUGUGUCUUUUAAUAUAUCACGAUACAAACCGACCUCUGUAUAAUCAGAACAGGGCAAAAAAAAAAAAAAAAUGUCAUGUGCAUCCAUAUUUCUGAAAUAGGGUACAAUGAUCUGAUAUUCCUUUUCUCCUUAAGGGCACAAGAAUGUUUCCCCUUAUCGUGUCUAAAAGUUUUGUCUUCCACAUCCAGCCACUAUGUAAAAGCCUCUGUCUAGAACAUGUGACUGUGAGUGUACCAUCUUUCACAUUGUUCAGAGGAAAUAAGUAUGAGUUUUUUCUUUUUCUUUUUUUAAAUACUACCAAUAGGAGUCGCCAAAGUCAAAGGAAAAUAAUAAAAUGGACUUAAAAACGUUACGUAACAAGUCCACACUUAAUGAGUAUAAAGUAAAUGCACCUGUAUCUUAUAACAUACUGUGUUGUUUUUUUGGACUAAAGGAAGAUCGGUCUUUUAUACAGCGGGAGCAGGAUAGCUGGAAAGGCAAUUCCUUUCUCUCAGUCCUUGGAUUAGUGUGGUGGCUCUGCUACAAAUUAGCCGUGUCCUCUUAGAUGCUUAGGAUCAGGCAGCUAAAGUCAGGAGUGGUGACAUCGCUGGGGAGAAGGGUAUUACAUAAGGGCCGAACUGGACUAAUCUGUACUUUAAGCCUCGGGGUCAACUGCACACCAUCAAAUGGCAGAACACGCGCCAGCGAAGACUUGUACUCAGUUUAGAACACAUGGAGGUUUGCGACAGACAUCAAAUACUGUAUAUUCAAUCAUAGUAAAAUCAAUUUCCUCCAUAGUCAACUGAAAAUAAAUGCAAAUGCAACUCUCGUGUUUGUAUUCAAAUGUUUUUAUUACAGUAAAUAGCAUCUAAUUAACCAAAUGUUGGAAAGGAAAGGCAAGAAAAAGGGAGGGUGGAGAGGUACGCAGACAUCAGAGAAAAUCACAUAAGGCACAUUACUCCCCUGGUCACCAAAGUCACUGAAAAAGGUGCCAUAAUAAUGUUAUAUAAAGGAGACAUUUGUGGAACCAACAACACUCGAGUGAAAUCCAUUCCCAAAAGACAUACCUGUCUCAAUCAUAACAGUGAAUGUCCGAUGUCUAAAUGCAGCAUUGCACCAAAAGUUUCGGGGAGCUGUAUAAAGCUGGACCAGUGUCUGUAGGGAAUUAAAAUGAACAAACUUUUGGUCUGACUACUUUAUGAUAAUCAAGAGAUAGCAAAAACAAUGUGUUAUGAAUUUAUUUUACUCCACUUCAUCAGGGGAUAUACUGGAUUUCCCAAAAGGGUCAAGAUUGGUACAAUAAGGUGCUUUUUGGUCAAAUAUUAGAGAAACAUGUGACACGUUUCUGGUGAAGUGACAUCAACAGGACCCAUACUUACAAUGACUUAUAUAAAAAGACUGACAUUUAUACUCAAACCAACAAAUAAAGCAAACAGAAA